AUGAAUUAUGAUCAUAUCAAAGCGACGAUUAAUAGUAAACCAAUUAAAUUAAGGUUGGAAGAUGUUUAUAAGCCGCAAGUUCUUGAAGCUGAAGCUAAAAAAAUUUUUGAGAUUGACAGAGAAAAUUUUGAGUUGUUGAAAGAACUUUACGUCAUUUCUCAGACAAAAGGUAGAGUAGAUUGUUGGAGAAAAGUUCCUGAAGAAGAUAAACUUCAUAAUAGAUAUGAAACUAAGAGACAAGAGUAUUUUAAAAUAGAUGAACAGAAUAAAGAAAUAUACGAUCGGCUUGAGAAAAUUUAUAACCGGAAUAAACUAGUUGACAAUAAAAAACGUAAAAAUAAAUCAAAGUUUUAUAAGAUUAUUACAAAAUGUUUGAUGGCUGAGAAUUUAAAAACUUCAACUGAGUUGAUAAGUGUUAUAAAAAAUUUAAAACAGCGGCCACGUUGUUACUUUGAGCUGCAAUUAGAAGAAUCGAAAUUAACUUUGGGAAAAAUAAUAAUAGAAUUGUUCAAUGACGUUGUUCCUAAAACGUGCGGUAAUUUUUUGGCAUAUUGUUUGGGAACAAGAGAUGGAUUAUCUUAUAAGAACACACCGUUUCACAUAAUUAUUUACGGAUAUUUGUGUCAGGGAGGUGACGUAACUGAAUUAAAUGGUAGCGGAGGCGCCUCAAUUUACGGUGACUUUGAUAAUGAAAAUUUCAAAAUUAAACAUGACGACCCAGGAGUUGUUUCAACUUUGUAUGAUACUGAUAAGAGUACAAAUAAUUCAAAGUUUAAUUUAACUUUUAAAAAGUUACAAGUGUUGGAUAAUAAAUCUGUUGUUUUUGGAAAAGUUGUCAGCGGUCUUUCAAAUAUAUACAAAAUCGAAGCGUGUGGAACUAAAAUUGGUAAACCUAAAAAAAAAAUAAUUAUUUCAAAUUGUGGAUUGUAUUAAAUUUUAUUUAACUCUGUAAUUAUAAAGUCAUGUGAGUUGAGCUGAGUAUAAUUUAAAACAUAAAACAAAAGUUUGGAUCAUAAAUAAUAUCAUUAGAUUUAGAAUACAAACGAAUAAGCAAAAGUUUCCAGUCUUUGACUUGAUAGGACACUUGGUCAGUACACUUACCGUAAGUAUUUAAUGCAGUUAUUAAAAUUUUUUCUAAUGUUUUAUAAAAGUUACGAAAUGGAUAUUGGACAUUAUGAUGGAUAAAUAUCUUCUGAUUGAUUGCUAGCUGUAUAAUUUUCAUUUCAAUACCAGCAAGAUUAUUUUUAAUUUCACGAGGUAUCGAUAGAUCGCGAUAAGACGGAAACUUUGUACCAGGGCCCCAAUUACGAACACAGGCGAUGCAUUCACAUGUAAAGCCAAAAUAAUUUUUCAAGUGUUGUC